AUGAGGGCCCAGUCUAGCGCAAAUUGCACAACAGUGGCAUCGAGCUGCACGCCCGCCGCGCCCAGGCAGCAGCCGCCCCGCGCCCGCGCCUCACGCCUCACCACUGCCGCCGCCUCGAUCGGCGCGCGCGGCGGCGCCGCCACCGCCGCCGCGCCGCCGGGCGGCCGCCAGCGCGAGCGCACGCUCACGCUGGGGACCGGCGAGCUCACCGCCACCAGCAGCGCCGUCGGCACCAGCAUCAACUACCGCAUACGGCGCGACGGCACGGGGGGCGGCGGCGUGAAGGACUUCCUGGACAAGCUCUGGCUCGUCUGGCAGAUCUUCUUCCCGGAGCGGCAGCCGGACACGACCCCCAAGGACGGCGCGAAGCAGCGGCUGCGCAUGAUCCUCGUCGCGGACCGCUGCGGCCUCAGCCCGUCGGGGCUGAGCGAGAUGAAGAAGAACAUCCUGCGGGCGCUCGAGGAGUUUGUCGACAUCGAGACCGAGGAGGAGAUCGACGUGAGCAUAUCCAUACAGCCGGACCUCGGGACGAUCUACUGCGUCGCCGUGCCCGUCAAGCGCGUGAAGCCCGAGGCACGGAUGGGGCUGGACGGCGGCGCGGACGGCAUGGACGUGUUUGAGUGGGACCCGGAGGACAAGGAGAGCGACCCCUCGUCGCGCUUCCCGAUGGGCUGCUGA